AUGCUUGCCAAGGUGAGGAGCCAAGGCAAGAUUGAUAUCGCUACCGCGACGUCGGGCGUCGCCGCUUCUAUCAUGCCUGGCGGCAGGACUGCCCACUCGAGGUUCAAGAUCCCAUUGAGUUGCGAUGAUGGAGCCUCGUGCAGCUUCACCAAGCAGAGUGGGACUGCCAAGCUCCUAAGGAUGGCCUCAUUGAUAAUAUGGGACGAGGCCAGCAUGACGAAGCGACAAGCGGUAGAGGCAUUGGACAACAGCAUGCGCGACAUCAUGGGAAUACAUGACCGGCCCUUUGGAGGAAAGACUGUUGUUUUUGGUGGGGACUUUCGGCGGGUGCUUCCGGUUAUCAGAAGGGGGUCGCGGGGCCAGAUAAUUGAUGCAACCCUCCGAAGUUCUCAUCUGUGGAAGUGUAUGCGGCAGCUUCGGCUCAUCACCAACAUGAGGGCUCAUAAUGACACGUGGUUUGCAGAUUACUUGCUAAGGGUCGCCAAUGGCACUGAGGAUGUAGACGAUCAAGGCAACAUACUACUCCCUGAAGAUAUUUGUCUGCCGUCUACAGGCGAGGUUGACUACCUGGAGAAACUUAUUGACCACGUGUUUCCGAGUCUAGAUGACAACAUGUCUGAUUCCAAUUACAUGACAUCUCGAGCAAUCCUUUCCACGACAAACGACAAUGUCGACAAGAUAAACAUCCGCAUGAUAGACCAUUUUCAUGGAGAUGAAGUAAUCUACCAUAGCUUUGACAUUGCAGAGGACGACCCAUAUGGCUACUACGCUCAGGAGUUUCUUAAUGGAUUGACUCCUAAUGGUCUUCCUCCGCAUGCACUCAAGCUAAAGCUGAACUGCCCUGUCAUACUUCUAAGGAACAUUGAUCCAGCUAAUGGACUGUGUAACGGCACUAGGCUUGUUGUAAGAGGUUUUGAGAGGAACACCAUUGAUGCAGAAAUCGUGAUUGGUCAACACACUGGCAGGAGGGUCUUCCUUCCUCGAAUACCUCUCUGCCCAUCUGAAAACGACAUGUUUCCGUUCAAGUUUAAGAGAAAGCAAUUUCCUAUAAGGCUUAGCUUUGCUAUGACCAUUAACAAGGCUCAAGGGCAGACCAUACCGAUAGUUGGUGUCUACCUACCCAAUCCCGUGUUCUCUCAUGGUCAGCUCUAUGUUGCUUUGUCUCGAGCCACCGCGAAGAGAAACAUAAAGAUACUCAUUCAGAAGGAGAAGCCGAAGGAGAAGGCCAACAAGCUAAAGGACAAUCCAAAGAAGCGAAAAAGACCGACUAUGUCCUUACUGACCUCGAUGAAGAACAUCGUCUACAAGGAAGUCCUUACAGGCUGA